UCCCCGCCCUCCCGCCGCCGCCGCCGCCGCCGCCACCGCCGCCCGCCCGCCCGCGCUCGCUCGCGCUCCCCGCCGGCCGCCCGCCGUCUUCCGUCGGUUCUCUCGGUAGUCCGCCGCCGCCCCCUCAGCCCGCCGCCCGGCUCUGAGCUCGCAACUCGCGGACCGGCGUCCUCGGCGCGGAGAGCCGGACUUGGAGCCGCCGCCUGAGUUGCCUUUCAUCUGUGAAGUUUAGGGUGCUUUGUAGAACUUCUGCCGUACAGGCCGUGGGUGUUGCAGCGCAUUUGUAAGCAAUGGCUGCCAUCCGGAAGAAACUGGUGAUUGUUGGUGAUGGAGCCUGUGGCAAGACUUGCUUGCUCAUCGUUUUCAGCAAGGACCAGUUCCCAGAGGUGUAUGUGCCCACCGUGUUUGAGAACUAUGUGGCAGACAUCGAGGUGGAUGGGAAGCAGGUGGAGCUGGCUUUGUGGGACACAGCUGGGCAGGAGGAUUACGAUCGCUUGCGGCCCCUCUCCUACCCGGACACCGACGUCAUACUGAUGUGUUUCUCCAUCGACAGCCCUGAUAGCUUAGGUGAGCGGACAGGAAGGACAGUGGCUGCCAGGAGUUACUGCUCAGUUAGUACUGUUUCAGCUUUGGAAGGUGGAAAGUGCUGGAGGUGA